UGUGUUACACAUUGCUUGCACAAAUUUAAGCAUAUUAAAUAGAGUAUAUAUAAAUACCAAGAGUGACCAUUUUACUUUUGAUAAAGAAUACAGAAUAAAGGUCGAAAGUUUUCCAAAAAAAUACCAACACACAUACAGACAUGCGCGCGAACACACACGCACACACACUGUAACACGUACUUGCAUCGAGCAUUAAAAAAAUUGCCAUAUAUCAAAAGUUCAAUUGAUUCGAUUGCAUAUUAAAAAUCAAAUUUCAAGUGUUUGUUGUACAAUCGGGGUCUGAUCAAGACUUUGUCCACGAGUGAGCAUUGUGCGAAUUUAAAGGUUCAUCGAUACGGAGCGCAUUAAAUAAAGCGCCUCGCCAACUGCGCAAAUGGCAGUGGAACAGUAGAGGAGACAGCAGACGAUAGACGAGAUAGACUAGACGACAGACGACGGACGACAGAAGUAGCACGAUGGAUGAUCUGUCGCAGGGCGACAUUUGUCGCGUUUGCCGCUGUGAGGCGUUGCCCGAUCGACCGCUGUUCUAUCCAUGUAUCUGCACGGGCAGCAUCAAGUACAUUCACCAGGAUUGCCUGAUGCAAUGGAUGCGUUACUCGCACAAGGAAUAUUGUGAGCUGUGCGGCCAUCGCUUCAGUUUCCAGCCCAUCUAUGCGCCUGAUAUGCCGCGCGUGCUGCCGCUGCGCGAUGUCCUCGUGGGCCUCAUGUCCGCCGUAUUUGAGGGCGCCCGCUGCUGGCUGCACUACUCACUGGUGGGCAUGGCCUGGUUUGGUGUGGUGCCACUGUCGGCAUAUCGCACCUAUCGCUAUCUGUUCCGUGCCAAUUCGUUUGAUAUGAUUCUCUCGCUGCCCUUUGACAUCUUCUCCAUGGAUAAUCUGACGGUGGAUUCAUUCCGCGGGUGUUUUGUCGUAACAUGCACGCUGUUGGCUUUCAUUGGCUUGGUGUGGUUACGUGAGCAAAUCCUACACGGUGGCGGACCCGAUUGGCUUGAACGAGAUGAGGCGCCAGCAGCUGCAGCAGCCGCCGCAGCAGCAGCAGUACCAGCGCCUGUGCCUGCAGCAGCACCCGCUGCCGUUGUGCCCGAAGCGGCGCAGGAUGACAACAACAAUGGCGAUGCACCGCAAGAUGUGCCCAUGGAUAAUGAAGCGCCCGCCGUGGCCAAUCCGGCGGAUAACGAAGGUGAUGCUGCACAGCCGGCGGCUGCGGCCGCUGCAGCACCUGCUGCCAGGAUCGCAGCUGGUGCUGGGGCUGCUGCCGAUGUGGAUAACGAUGAACAGAACUGGAAUCCCAUGGAAUGGGAUCGUGCCGCCGAGGAGCUAACCUGGGAGCGUUUACUUGGCUUGGAUGGUUCGUUGGUCUUCUUGGAGCACGUCUUCUGGAUCAUCUCGCUGAACACCAUGUUCAUCUUUACGUUCGCCUUCUGUCCGUAUUGCGUGGGCAACUUCAUACUGAGCUCCAUGGAUCUGCUACAGCCGGAGAAGCCAUUGCUCCAUUUCCACGGCAUGAUCACGACGCUAUUUGGCUACUGUUGCAUCGGACUGACGCUGGUCGUGCUUCACUUCUUUGCACGCGUCUUUCGGAUGCGUCGCAUCUGCUGGUUCAUUGGCCUCUGUUACAUUGUGGUGAAGGUAUCGCUGCUGUCCGUCGUGGAGAUUGGUGUGCUGCCGUUGAUCUGCGGCUGGUGGCUGGACAUCUGUUCGCUGCCGCUGCUUGAUGCCAGCUUGAAGGAUCGCAAGGCGAGCUUUAAGGCUGCACCGGGCACUUCAAUCUUUGUCCACUGGAUGUUUGGCAUGGUGUAUGUCUAUUAUUUUGCUGCCUUCAUAUCGCUGCUGCGCGAGGUCCUGCGUCCCGGUGUCCUUUGGAUCUUCCGCAACGUCAAUGAUCCCGAUUUUAGCCCCAUACAGGAAAUGAUUCAUGUGCCCAUUGUACGCCAUGUGCGCCGCCUGGUCGCCUCCGCGAUGAUCUUUGGCUUUGCUGUGCUGCUCAUGCUGUGGCUGCCCAUUCGCAUCCUCCAGGUGGUUUGGCCCAAUUUCUUGCCCUAUGCCUUAAGCGGCGACUCCGAGGUGAAUGAUUUGAGUCUGCAGCUGCUCUUACUACAGAUUGUGCUGCCCGGCUUCUUUGAGCAAACUCAAACGCGCACAUGGCUAAAGAGUUUAUUGCGCAUCUGGUGCCGGGCUGUCGCCUGGCUGCUGGGCAUACGCAGUUAUUUGUUGCCCGCUCCGGAGCCGCCAGCUGAUGCUGCUGAGCCAGCUGCCGAUCCUGUUGCUCAGCCCGAUGGAGCGGCUGGAGCUGCUGUUGCUGCUGCACCGCCAGCACCACCGCCAGCUGUACCGGAGCCAGCAGCGCCUCGUAACUUGGCUGCCGCUCAUCAGGCGAUCAUGCAGCGUGAUGUACCCGUCGGAUUCCAGCCCUACGAACGUCCCACAUUCUUUGUGCUGCGCCUGAGUGCACUGCUUACGCUGAUGUGCUUCUCCAUAAUGUGCGCCGCCAUGCUGAUGCUUACAGUGCCCGUCUAUAUUGGACGUCGCCUAAUGAUGGCUUGGACGGGACAGCCGGGCGAUAAAGCUGCGCCGAUUGUGGCAGGCGAUGUGCCUCUGGCCGAUCCGGAGGCAGCACGUAAGAGCGAACGUAUGCUGCGUCCCCAUGAGCUCUACACGGCUGAGAUUGGUGGCUAUCUGUGCUGGAUUGUGUCGCGUGGGAUUGCUGUGGUGGUAACACUGUUGCCCCAGGGACGUACUGCCAUUGUCAACAAGCUGAAGCAUUGGGCACGCGUUGCCCUUCAAUAUGCGCUGCCAGUUUUGACGCUGCUGGGUAUCUUUGUGCUGGUCCCGCUGCUAUUUGGAUUGGUGCUGGAGCUGGUUGUGGUUAUACCGUUGCGUGUCCCGAUGCUCCACACGCCCAUACACUUUCUGUGGCAGGAUUGGGCACUCGGUGUGCUGUAUACCAAAAUCGCCAUAGCAGUUACAUUGAUGGGACCGGAUUGGCAUCUGAAACGUGCCCUGGAACGCGCCUAUACGGAUGGACUGAGGGAUUUCGAUUUGAAGUUUGUGAUGAACGAUCUGGCGGUGCCGGUGGUGACCACCCUUGGUCUAGCAUUGGCCAUACCAUAUGUGCUUAGUGAAUCCAUAAUACCCAUGUUCGUUGCCGAUCCGAACGAUCGUAUUAUCGUCUACCGAUUGGUGUAUCCGUUGAGCGCCAUUCUUGUUAGCAGCAUUUGCUUUGUGCUCUUCCAGAUAAAGCAGCUGAAGAAGCUGUAUCUGUCGAUUAAGGUGGACAAGUAUCUAGUGGGUCAGCGACUGGUCAACUAUGAGCAUCGCAAGAAGCAGCAGGCCGCCCAGGAAAAGGCCCGCUUGGAGGCGGAAGAGGCGCGCCUGGCACAGGCACAGGGAGAGGAUGACGCCAAUCCCCCCAUGGAUUUGGCGGAGCAGGCGGCGUUACAUGCCCGACGGCGACGCCAGCAAUUGGCACGCCCCCUCCUUGUGGAUGCCAACGAAGAGCUGCUCUAGGGUUACGUUUACUUUAUGUGCAUGUUGCUAAUGGAGUCUCUGCUGAUAUAUCUAUUUUUUAAAAACAUGCUCCCGCCGGAGCGGUACAUGUAGGCAAUAAUGUGCCCACGCCCCUUGCAUGUGCCACACAAAACAACGGCAUUCAGCAUCCUGCAUCCUGGACGAAGUAGCCGCAGAGUUCGCUUCUUAUUUUCAAGUUAAAUUCAACUUGUUUUUAUACGUUAGCCAAAAUUGUUUGUUAAAUCGAUUCGCUUUUAAGUCCCUAAACUUUACGAUAAUUUAAGCCAGGCAGAUAUUUAGCCAAUAAUCACCAUCUGAUUGCAACACUUUACUGAUUUACUAUACAUAUACGAUAUAUGCACGUGAAACUUUUCGGUUGCUUUGUAAAAAGUCCAAGUAUGGCUUAAAAAUAAACUAUAAUGAUAUGAUAUAUAAUAAUGGCGAUUCAUAAUUAAUAUAUAUGUAGAGAGAAUUACCUUGUAUUAGGAUCUGAUACGCGAUAUAUAUGUAUGUUCGAAGAAUAUUUAAAAAAAAAUGAUUUAAAAAAAACUAAAGAAUAUUUCAAAUAAUAACUUGGUAAAUGUGGUGAAACCUUUUGAGUAGAUUUACGAACUUGUAAAAAUUAUAUAUGUAUGUAUACAUUUAAUAUUAAAUCAAAUACAAUUAUAAAUAAAUAAAUGUAACUUUAAAUUUCAAUGGAAAA